UGGCCGUGUCCUGCGCAUGCGCACGACCAGGCAUCCCCGAACAAGCAGACAUGGCGACGUCCCUGAUCUGCGGCCGCUUGACGGCAAGCCUGAGGAACUCGGGGCCCAGAGGCGCACUUAGCGCCGCUUCCAAGGCUCUGGCGGGCUCUUCAGGUCUGCUGGGAGGCCACGCGUCGGCGCCGUGUCAGCAGCAGCAGCAGCAGCAACGGAGGAGCCUGUCCCUCCAUGAGUACAUGAGCCUCGGCCUGUUGAAGGACGCCGGCAUCUCGGUCCCCGCCGGCAUGGUGGCCGGCUCCUCGGAUGAGGCCUACGCCAUUGCCAAGCAGAUCGGUUCCAAAGACCUGGUGGUGAAGGCUCAGGUGCUGGCAGGCGGACGAGGAAAAGGAACGUUCGAGGGCGGACUGAAGGGAGGCGUCCGGAUCGUCUACUCGCCCGAGGAGGCGCGGGACAUUUCCUCCCAGAUGAUUGGCCGCAAGUUGUACACCAAGCAGACGGGCGAGGCGGGUCGCAUCUGCAACCAGGUCUUCAUCUGCGAGCGGCGCUACCCGCGCCGGGAGUACUACUUCGCCAUCACCAUGGAGAGGUCCUUCCAGGGCCCCGUGUUGAUCGGCAGCUCGCAGGGUGGCGUCAACAUCGAGGACGUGGCGGCGGAAAACCCCGACGCCAUCGUCAAGGAGCCCAUCGACAUCGUGGAGGGCAUCAAGAUGGAGCAGGCGCUCAAGGUGGCGCAGAAGAUGGGCUUCCCGCAGCCGCUGCAGAAGGAGGCGGCCGAAAACAUGAUCAAGCUCUACAACGUCUUCAUCAAGUACGACGCGUCCAUGCUGGAGAUCAACCCCAUGGUGGAGGACUCCUCGGGCAUUGUCAUGUGCAUGGAUGCCAAGAUCAACUUUGACUCCAACGCCGCCUACCGGCAGAAGAAGGUGUUUGACCUGCAAGACUGGACCCAGGAGGACCCGCGCGACCGGCAGGCGGCUAAAGCCGACCUCAACUACAUCGGCUUGGACGGAACCAUCGGCUGCCUGGUGAACGGGGCCGGCCUGGCCAUGGCCACCAUGGACAUCAUCAAACUGCACGGGGGCACGCCCGCCAACUUCUUGGACGUGGGGGGCGGGGCCACCGCCCACCAGGUCACCGAGGCCUUCAAGCUCAUCACGUCCGACAGGAAGGUUCAGGCCAUUUUGGUCAACAUCUUCGGAGGCAUCAUGAGGUGCGACGUCAUCGCCCAGGGCAUCAUCAUGGCCGUCCGUGACCUGGACCUCAAGAUCCCCAUCGUGGUGCGACUGCAAGGCACGCGUGUGGAUGACGCCAAAGCUCUGAUUGCCGCCAGCCCGCUGAAAAUCCUGGCCUGCGAUGACCUGGACGAAGCUGCGAAAAUGGUGGUGAGGCUUUCGGAAAUCGUUUCGCUGGCGAAGGAAGCGCAAGUGGACAUUACCUUCCAGCUUCCCAUCUGAUGCUACAAGCAAGCACCCCCCCCCCCCCCAAGUAGCCCCUCCCCCUUCUCUGUGGCCUGAUGGCGGCGGGCAUCCUUCACCACCCCUUUAGCUUUUCUUCCGUCUGUUUAAUGCGCACACUCCCUCCCCGCCCGUGUUGACACACUCCACCGCACUAGCGCUCCUCACUGGACGCAGCUUCGCACACAGCAGCUGCUUGUUUCCCAAUGAAGAUCACGGAAGGCAUUUUGGCUGUAAGACGACGCCACUAGCCCCCCCCCCCCCCUUACUUGACACUGAUAAACGGUCGCGCCAUCUUUGAAGGUUAUGCGCUAGCUCCCAUUUAGCUCUGUGCUUAAGGUCCCAUUUGUCUUUCGAUUCCUCCCCGGCCGGUGGGUCUGUGGCGGCGCCGGCUCUCGCCACCCAUCUCCUCCUGGUGAAUUAUUCACCGCUGCUGUAAUGGAACUUCCGCUUAAGCUAAAAAUGGACUUGUCGCAACGCUAAAUUACCCUGCGGGAGGGAUCUGAAAUGAGAAAUGUCUUUUGCCUUCAAAGACGGACGGCACCCUAUUGGGCGGGAGGCCGCAACGCUUUCAUUUGUCUGUUCCAAGCAAACGCUGCAGUUGCGCUUCCCCGUUGGAUCUUUCUCCACUUGGAGUGUUUGCAAUAUUGAAAAAGUGGUCGCGGUGUCGGGCGCCGCUUGUCGUCCCAGGGAUUUUUUUUCCUCAAUGUCUUUAUUUAUUUGGCACCUUGAAAUAUUCCCAACAUCUGCCAACUUUCAAUAGCAACGCCAGAUGUGGCCACCGCUCGUUCUCGGAUGGGGUGAUACCUUGUGAACGCCAUGUGCCCUCCCCCCCCCCCCCCUGCCAUCACGCCACUUGGGAAUUUGUCUCUUUGUCUUUCUUUGUUUCCAUCACGCAAGAUGACAUGUAAAUAAGCAAAGUGACGACGUUCUGCCUCUGUAAGAUAUUUCUGCGAAAAAUAAAGAUGGGACACGA